UUAUUUAUUUAUUUUUCUUUAGCUUUUCCUUUUCCCUUUUCUUCUGUUCGUUCAUGUGAACAUGAUUGAUGCUUAUAGAAGCCGAUGGUAAUAGGGUUUAGAAUUGGAUACAGAUUUUUUAUUUACACGUCUCACUGUCCAUGCAGUAACCAAAAUUAUUCUUUCGUUCCCCACAAAAUUUAUAAAAUCCUCUCUCUCUCUCUUAACUCGUUCCUCCUAGGAAUCCCAGAUCUUCAUACCCAUUGCUCCCCUUAGCUUCAUAUGAUUGAUGGCAAAACCGAGUUCAGCUGAUGGUAGGACUAGAAGCUCUGUGCAGAUCUUUAUAAUAGUUGGUCUGUGCUGUUUCUUCUAUAUAUUGGGUGCAUGGCAGAGAAGUGGCUUUGGAAAGGGAGAUAGCAUCGCAUUGGAGAUUACUAAGAAAGAAACAAACUGUAAUAUAAUUCCAAAUUUGAGUUUUGACUCUCACCAUGGUGGAGAAGUUAGCAAAAUUGAUGAAUUUGAGUCAAAAUCCAAGGUAUUUGAAGCUUGCGAUGCUCGAUACACUGAUUACACUCCCUGCCAAGAUCAACGGCGUGCCAUGACUUUUCCUAGAGACAAUAUGAAUUAUCGCGAGAGGCAUUGCCCCCCUGAGGAAGAAAAGUUGCACUGUUUGAUCCCAGCACCCAAGGGGUAUGUAACGCCAUUUCCAUGGCCGAAGAGCCGUGAUUAUGUUCCAUAUGCAAAUGCACCGUACAAGAGCCUUACAGUUGAGAAGGCUAUUCAGAACUGGAUCCAGUACGAGGGAAAUGUGUUUAGAUUCCCUGGUGGUGGAACCCAAUUUCCACAAGGUGCAGACAAAUAUAUUGAUCAGCUUGCUUCUGUGAUACCUAUAAAGGAUGGGACUGUUAGGACAGCACUGGACACUGGUUGUGGGGUUGCCAGUUGGGGUGCAUAUCUCUGGAGCAGAAAUGUUAUUGCCAUGUCAUUUGCGCCAAGGGACUCUCAUGAAGCACAAGUACAGUUUGCUCUUGAAAGGGGUGUACCUGCUGUCAUUGGUGUUCUGGGAACCAUAAAAUUGCCUUAUCCUUCUGCAGCUUUUGACAUGGCACAUUGCUCUCGCUGCUUGAUUCCUUGGGGAGCAAAUGAUGGGAUGUAUAUGAUGGAGGUUGACCGAGUACUAAGACCUGGUGGUUAUUGGGUGCUUUCUGGUCCUCCAAUCAAUUGGAAGGUUAACUACAAAGCCUGGCAGAGACCUAGGGAGGAUCUUGAAGAAGAACAAAGAAAGAUUGAAGAGACUGCUAAACUCCUUUGCUGGGAGAAGAAGUCUGAGAAGUCUGAAAUUGCCAUUUGGCAAAAAACUUUGGACUCUGAAUCAUGUCGCAGCAGACAAGAAGAUUCUAGUGUAAAAUUCUGUGAAUCAACAGAUGCUAAUGAUGUCUGGUAUAAGAAAAUGGAGGUCUGCAUUACUCCAAGUCCUAAAGUUUCUGGUGACCUUAAGCCAUUUCCAGAUAGGCUAUAUGCCAUCCCUCCUAGAAUUGCUGGUGGCUCUGUUCCUGGAGUUUCGGUUGAGUCAUACCAAGAAGAUAACAAAAAGUGGAAAAAGCAUGUAAAUGCUUAUAAGAAAAUUAACAGACUCCUGGAUUCUGGAAGGUAUCGCAACAUUAUGGAUAUGAAUGCUGGAUUGGGUAGUUUUGCUGCUGCUAUUCAAUCAUCGAAGUUAUGGGUUAUGAAUGUUGUGCCUACAAUAGCUGAGAAAAGUACCCUGGGUGUCAUUUAUGAGCGAGGACUUAUAGGCAUCUAUCAUGAUUGGUGCGAAGCCUUCUCCACUUACCCAAGGACAUACGACCUUAUUCAUAGCCAUGGUCUCUUUAGUCUGUACAAGGAUACAUGUAAUAUAGAAGACAUUCUUCUGGAGAUGGACCGGAUUUUACGCCCAGAAGGUGCUGUAAUAUUCCGCGAUGAAGUCGAUAUCUUAAUUAAGGUAAAGAAAUUGGUUGAAGGAAUGAAAUGGGAUACUAAAAUGGUUGAUCAUGAGGAUGGUCCACUUGUUCCUGAGAAGAUACUGAUUGCUGUCAAGCAGUAUUGGGUUACAAAUGGAACCUCUACACAAUAAUCACUGAAGACAAGUUGAAAGGCUUGGCCUUGUGCUGCCAUUACCUUUCUAUAUACUAUUCUUGCAGAGUUCGGCUUUGCAUGAGCAUUUUGCCUUAACUAAUCUCAAGUGUGGCACAGGAAGGUGGAUACUUGGCUUAACAAAACAUCACAACUGUGUCACUUAGCUCAAGGUUUAUGUCUCUAGGCAUUUUUUUCUUCUUCUCAUAAUUUAAUUUUCUUGUUAUACGAUGUUACAUUCAAAAGUCAAGCUAAGACUGACAUUUUUCAAUAGUUAUCUUAUUUUCUCUGAAUUUGAA